CUCUCUCUCUCUCCCUUUCUCUCUCUUUCCACUACUUGGCUUAAUAAAACCAACCCUUUCCAGCCAAAGGCUCAUCCAAAACACAGGAGUAUCAACGAUAAGGAGAAGGGGAGCAACGGAGGGAAAGAAACAAGGCGAGCCAUGAAGACAACCGCUCUCAUUUUCUUCUCCCUACUGCUGGCCGCCGCUGUGGCUGGCCGCGACCUUGACAAGAAGAAGGCCGAAUCCUCCAAGGACAGCGCGGGCCCCGCCACCUACAUCCCGGGGUACGGGGCCGACCCCGGCGGGUACUUCGGACCCGGCGGGGGGUUCAACAUGCCAGGAGGGUUCGGCGGCGGGUGGGGCGCGGGAUACGGCGGGCCCGGAGGCGGGUAUGGCCACGACGGCGUGGUCCUGCCCUCGGUGGUGUGCUCCGACAAGGGGCCGUGCUACAAGAAGAAGUUGACGUGCCCCGCCAGUUGCUUCACGUCCUACAGCCACUACGGCAAGGGUGGUGGCGGCGGCGGUGGUGGCGGAGGCUGCACCAUGGACUGCAAGAAGCACUGCGUCGCCUACUGCUGAGGCUUUUCUCCUCACAUUCCGCCCUCUAUACGUCGUAACAUCAGUAUUAUGUAUACGUAUGCUGAUCUCAUGUACGAGUGGUGUGUGAUGAAGCAGUAUGGCUUGGUGUUCCAAAUAUAAAAGAUAUAAAUCAUGAAUGAUAUGAUAUAUAAACAAGAUAUGUAGACGAAUAAGGAGGGCUCUACAUAGUUUGAUAUA